AUGACGAUAGAAGAAAUUUUUAAAAAAGCCGAAAAUAUGAUAGAAAAGGCAGACAGAGAAUUAGGUGAAAAAGAGAAGGUUUUGAAAGACUUGGAGGAUAAAAUAUCGAGAAGAGAGUGGGAGAAUGAAGAACAAAUGAAAAUUUGGGUAAACCUAUGUAUCGAGUUGAGGAAAGAUAGGAAUGAAUUGAACGAAAAAAGAGACAGAUGGGAGGUUGAGGUUUUGGAAGAAUGUAAAAAGAGACUACGAGAAGAAAAAGUGAAAGAAUUUACAUUCGACACAAAUGGUACUGUGGCUGUUAAGGCCGCAUUUUAUCAACAAGAGUAUAUUGACAGACAUGGAGUUCUUAGUUCGUUCUUUAAUCAUGUCAACGAUGCAUUGCAAAAAUGGGAUGCGAUAAAGUACCAUUCACCACUAAUAGCUUUAAUGCAGGCAUCAACUGUGGGAAAGUCAAAAAUGUUGUGGGCCGCAGGGGAGCAGGUCCAUAUGGUUUAUAUAAGUCUUCGACAGAAGGAAUCAUCUGUCAUGAAAUAUCUAGCAAAGUUUGAAGGUAGUAAAAAGGAGUGGCUUGAUGCACAUACUGGAGAUAAACAGAAAGAUGUCUGGGAUACUAUUGAAAAGGAUAUGAUCUACAUUCAAGAAACCAUCCGAAAAAGGAACCUAUCUGAUGAAGAAGGUCGAGUUUCUGUCAAAAUGAUGAUUGGGGAAUAUUGGAACUCCCUAAUCACCAAAUUACAUAACGAUCAGAAAUUAAAAGAGAAAUCAUUGGAAUUAGAUGAAAAUGAGAAAUCCGAAAGAAAAGUACUGCUGUUAUUUGUGCUUGAUGAAGCUAAAGUAUUGACUGAGAAAAAUUCAAAUUACAAUAAGACAGACUUCGAAUGUUUACGACAUGCACUAGCAGCUUUGCCUACUUAUGCAUCAGGUGGCCGUGCAUUCGGUAUCGUUACUGACACAGCAUCCAAGAUAUCAAAUUUUGCACCAGUUGCUCAUCAUGACAAUUCAUAUCGUGUUCAGAAGACCAAGAUGGCUUUAUACCCACCCUUUUAUCAAAUUGCCACAUUGGAUACCUUUAUGACAGAAGAUACGGAGCCAAAUACACUUAACCAAAUAGCAUCUCCACAAUACUUUUUUCGUUAUGGGCGACCUCUUUGGGGUGGAUUGCUCAAGGUUAAGGAUUCAAUUAUAGAUAAAUGUAUAUUAACUCCCGAAGGGAUACUAGAAAUAGCAAAAAGUAAAUUGAUUGGGGGUCUUGACCUUGAUGAUUGGAUCUUAAGAAAAAAGGAAAUUGAGAAAUUAUCGGUAUUGGAAUCAAUUGCCAUCCUUGGACCACGAUUAUGCAUUGAUGUUGUACCUCAAACUGAAUUGGCAUCAGAACUUGUUGCUAGUUAUAUGAGUCUAUGUUAUUAUAUAUCGGAUACUCGUGAAUCAGUGAUGACAUAUUAUCCAUCUGAUCCGGUAAUAGCAGAAGCAUCUGCUCAUUUAAUGAAUAGUAACAAUGGAAUCAAUUUGCAACUUCUUAUUGGCACACUUAUAAGUGCUCUUAGAGAAGGUCGUGAUGACGGUUAUUACUAA